CCGCAAAUACGUCUCUUCACUCGCCGGUCUCCUUUGCCAUCUUCCUCACCUAAACUUGAAACUAAAAGAGUUACCAAACAAAAAUCUCAGCUCACACUCACUGUCUUCGCUUUCCUUCUCUGCGCAAUUCUCCGUUCAUCUUCAAGCCUCUCCAAAACCCUAACCACUAACCCCUCCUCUGAUUCAUUUCCUCUGAAAAUGUCAUCUUUUGAAUUUGAUAUUGUCAAGGCUGAGAAAGCUGACGCCAUGAGAAGAUACAAGAGAGAUAGAAUCUCUAUAUUCUCUUUUCGUUUGGCCGGAGCCUUCACUCUCGUUUGCUGCUCCUUCACGUGGCUUCCACUCGUCCUUGAGAUGGCCUCUGCUUAUCUCUCCGUUUUGAACCACCAAUUCUCCGUUUUCCUCAUCAUAAACGCGUUUGUUUUUGUUAUCUAUCAUUUAUCUGCCGCCGCCACCGCCGGAAACAACGAUUCCGUUUCUCAGCCUGAUCUUUACGAUCAGUACGUCUCUUUCUCCUCCUCCUGUCGCCGGAGAAGAACUGUCAACGAGGAUAAACAAUUGAUAGUAUUCUCACUGGCGGCAGUGGAGGUUCAGCCUGACGAGAAUACCUUUCAAAACAAACAGAUCGUUCAUAGCGAGAAUGCUGACUGUGCUCCAGCGGAGAAGAAUCCAGUCAGUGAACUUGCAGUGACAGAAACUUGUAAGGCUGAUAGUGAAGAGAAGAAGAGUUUCAGGAGAACACGAUCAGAGAAAUACUCAGUAGAGAACAUGAAAAUGAGUCAUCGACGAGGACUGCGGCGGUCGGGGACAGAGAACGGAAGAGAAAUGGUAGUCGCCGGUGGACGUACUCUGACGAGAAAGUCGAUGCAGGAAAUGAACAGCGAAGAGUUUAGGCUUACAAUUGAGAGUUUCAUCGCUAGUAAAAGGAAGAUUUUAAGGGAUGAGAAUUUUGCUGUUUUAAUGGAAGAGAAGGAUUCAUCCUGUAAUUACCAAAAUCACUUGUAUGUGAUUAAUUAGUUAAAAAAAAAUAGUAAUUAGAAAGUAAGAAAUUAGGGAUUUGAAAAAUUAAAUUCUGCCUUUAUUUUACAUUAAUAGGUACGAGGGAGACCCUCUGUGCAUAUAAUUAUAUUGAAUUUUUAUUUUAUAAAGACUUCACAUU